AUGUUUGCUGUGCUUGCGGAAGACGAAGAGCUACAAGACAAGAUACUUUCUGAUGGCAUUCCAAUAAACGACGUCUGCUACUACCUGUACAGCCCGCUGGGGAUGGCAAGUCGACUUGGACUCCGCCAUACAGUCUCAAAGUUACUUGACGCAGGCGCCGAGUAUCGGAGCGACAGAGAUGUGGAGCCAAAUUUCGUACCACAUCCCCUAUUGUGCGCCAUCGAGUCCAAUCACGCUGACAUUGUCAAAUUGCUCCUCGAGGCCGCCGAUGACGACGACGAGGAUGAUUACAGCUUGCGUGAUGCGGCUAGUAUAGCGGCCAAGAACAACAAUCGCGAGAUACUUGAGCACAUUUUAGCCGUCAAUCCGCGGAUGGGUGCAGUGGAGUCUAUCAAAGCUGCUGCGGCUCUUAACGGCUGGGACGAUAUGUUGAAACGCCUCCUCGUACGCGACACAUACUGGCUAAAUGAGUUCUGGUCAAAUGACAACAUCGGAGCGCCUAUAGUUCCAAGGCCCUUCUAA